AUGGCGUCUAAACCAGUUAGUCAUAAUGUGAGAGCUGCUGUCGUUGUAAUUGUUAUAGCAGCAGCAGCGGCAUUGAUCAUAGAAAGAGCAGAAGCUGAAACACACACUGUAGGAGGCGCUUCUGGCUGGACCAAUACUCUUGCUCCCGAAUUUUAUACUUCCUGGGCUGCCAAUCACACCUUCAAAGUUGGCGACAUUCUAGUGUUCGAAUUCACUACCGGAGGACAUGACGUAGCGAGACUUGGAAAGGAAGCUUUUGAUGCGUGCAACAACACCGAUCUACUGAGCCUACCUGAAAACCAAGGACCCGCCAAAUACAGCCUUAAUCAAACUGGCGAUUACUAUUUCAUCUGUGCUUUCCCUGGUCACUGUAGCCAGGGUCAAAAGUUAAGCAUCAAAGUCAUAGCCACUGGCCCUUCUGCCCCUGCCCCUGCUCCUCAUUCUGAAGCCCCCACAACUCCUACUGCUCCUGCUCCUAAUUCUGAACCCCCCCAAAACUCCUUCUCCUUCUCCUUCUCCUUCUUCUCAAGCCAAGACUCCUUCUCCUUCUCCUUCUUCUGA